CCAGACUGUGUUUUUAACAUGGCUGGGCCUGUUCCAGGCUCAAGGACACAGGAGAGUCACUUUUCCCAUGACUCCUUUCCUUGUUCCAGGUCUGAUGGAAGAGGAAAACCGGAUGGGGGUGGUCUACUUUCACUUCCACCCCUUCUCAACAGACCCAGCAGUGGCUCCCCUCCUAUUUGUGGCCUUCUUGCUGUCGUACUUAGGAAGUCUCAUUGGAAACAUCACCAUUGGGCUCACAGUCUGGCGAGAUCACUCCCUCCACACCCCGAUGUACUUCCUCUUCGCACUGGCCGUGCUGGCAAUUGGCUACUCCACCAACAUUGCUUCCUUGACUCUGGCUGGCAUCCUUUCCACGGGGCACAUGCUCAUCUCUCUCCCUGGCUGUGGGGCCUAGAUGUGCCCCUUCAUUCUUCUUGGAGGGUCUGACUGUGUCUUGCUUGCUGUCAUGGCCUACGACAGGUACAUGGCAAUCUGCCACCCAGUGCAUUACCACAUCAUCAUGAGUUGGCGGCUCUGUGGGCAGAUGACUUUAGGUUCUUUGGGCCUGGGAUUCCUGUUGUCACUGCCUUUGACCGUUCUGAUCUGCCACCUUCCAUUCUGUGGCCGCAGUGAAAUCUUCUGCUUCUUCUGUGACAUGCCUGCCGUCAUGUGCCUGGCCUGUGUGGACACCUGCAUGCACGAGGCAGCUCUCUAUGCCAUCAGUGUGGCCACAGUGGCUGUCCCCUUCCUCCUGAUCUGCCUCUCCUAUGGCUACAUUGUGGCCACCAUCCUGAGGAUGAAUUCAGCUGAGGGAAAGUGCCGGGCUUUCUCCACCUGUUCCUCCCACCUCAUCGUGGUUCUCCUGCAGUUUGGAUGUUGCACCCUUAUCUACCUUCACCCCAGCUCCAGUUCCUCUCCAGAAGAGGGCUGGGAAGUGUCUGUUGUCUACACCCUUUUUGCACCAGUGCUAAACCCCUUGAUCUAUAGCAUAAGGAGUCAAGAGGUGACUGAUGUGGGAAGAAGACUCACGGUAAGAACGUGCUGGUUCAGGAAACCAGAAAUAUUCCUUCCUAGAAGAAAUAUUCCCCAAACCAGUAGAGGCAUGAUCUGAAGGGCAGGAAGUUCCAAAGCAAAGAGGAAGGAGUGGAGAGAUGACUGUCUCCAUGGCCCUCUCAGCCGGGGGAUGCUCAUCAGUGCACAUUCCUCUCUUUUUAGGAGAUUCUGGUGAGGAAGCCCUGGAUCGGCCCUGACUACUUAGCCAGCCUCCUCUCUCAUCAUAGUGCUUAGAAUAAGGACUGGACAGGAGUGUCAGUGAAGAAGAGGGUGAAUAAAUGGAUGGACAG